AAUUCCCAAAUCGGCCAAAUCCUAACCAGAGGACCGAGGACGUGCGCGGUGUGGCGGCGAGGACGUGCGGCAGUGCGGCGGCGGCGACUUCCGGCUGCGUCGGCGGAAGGCGGCGCCAAGGCGGGUAGGAGCCUAGGCGGCGCGUCGGGCGGCGGCGACUGCAGUCUAGUCUGCAGCGUGCUCGUCGGCGGCUGCGGCGGAGGCUUCCGGCUGCGGCGUGCGCGGCUGCGUCGGCGGCAGGAGGCGCCGAGGCGUGCAGGCGGCGCGUCGACGGCUGCGGCCGUGCGGCGUUGGGGCUCGGCCAGGCGUGCAGGCCGCCAGUCCGCCAGGCCACCACACAGAUUGACAAGUCGACAUUGAUUCACAUAACCAUUUUUGCAUGCCGAUGGUGUUUUCUGUGCUCUAAGGUCUGGAUCUGAAUAUACAACUGAAUGGCAUCUAUAUUGUUUGGUCAUAGAAAUCUGUGUGUCUUUCCCCUGAGAAGGCACAUAUUGGAUGAGGUAUACCAGCAUGGUCCUUAUAAUUGUACCAUACAGAGGAGGUGGAAAAAGCCAGUUGAUUCAGCAAGAACUCGUCUGGAGGGCAGAACAAGGGAUCAUAAACUGGACAAGCUGAUGAUUCAGCUGAAGAACCUCAGGCUGGCUUUGGAUUUACAUGAGUUGAUAUCUCAGCAGAGGAACAAAUAUGCAUCUCUCCAACUCCUCUCCAGGUGGAGACAUGAGGUCGGCUUGAACAUUGAGAUAGGCGCUUUCCUCAAGAAAUAUCCCCACAUUUUCGACAUUUAUGUGCACCCAAUCAAAAGAAAUGAAUGCUGUAAGGUCACCCCAAAAAUGUCUGAAUUGAUUGCACAAGAAGAUGCUGCCAUCAGGGAAAAUGAGCCUGCUAUUGCUAAGCGGCUCAAGAAGCUUCUCACGCUAUCGAAGGAUGGAACUCUGAAUAUGCAUGCAUUGUGGCUCGUAAGAAGAGAACUUGGCCUGCCUGAUGACUAUAGGUGCUCUAUACUACCAAACCAUCAGUCUGAUUUUUCUCUAAGUUCCCCUGAUACUCUGACAUUGAUCACUAGGGAUGAAAAUCUUGCUGUAGCUGAUGUUGAAGAAUGGAGAGCAAAGGAAUAUACAGAAAAAUGGUUAGCUGAAUCUGAGACAAAAUAUGCUUUUCCUAUUAACUUUCCAACCGGCUUUAAGAUCGAGAAAGGUUUUAGGGGAAAGCUUGGGAAUUGGCAGAGGCUUCCCUACACUAAGGCUUAUGAGAAGAAUGAAUUGCAUCCAAUCCGCAAUAUCGAGCGGCUCGAGAAACGUAUUGUUGGCAUUCUUCAUGAGCUUUUAAGCUUGACAAUAGAAAAGAUGAUACCACUUGAGAGGCUGUCACACUUCAGAAAACCUUUUGAAAUGGAGGUAAACCUGCGGGAACUUAUUCUUAAGCACCCUGGCAUUUUCUACAUCUCAACCAAAGGAAGCACACAAACUGUCCUUCUUAGAGAGAGUUACAGUAAGGGAUGCCUGGUUCAUCCUAACCCUGUCUACAAUGUAAGAAGGAAAAUGCUAGGGCUUAUUUUGUCAGGAUGUUGUGGCGUUGAUGAAAUGGACAGUCCACUUUGGUUUUCUGAGGAGUACAAUCAGGAAAGCAGUAACGAGUCAUAGAAUCACAUGUGCCAGACAAAUACCGAAUGCCUUGUUGGAAGCUCAAAGUGGCAUUUGUCAAAGAACUAGCCAUUUUUAAUCUCUGACAUUCUUUACACGAGUACAUAAGUUGACCUAAUGAUGUCACCACUAGAGUUGCUGAUAAUGGUAUGCUACUCUUGAGAUGUCAGUGGUAGAGCAUCAUCUGCUGAGGAAUGUACUGAUUGUGCAAGCUAAGAAAUUCAGUUGUCCUGAAGAGUGACUAGUCUGCACCCAGGGAAGAAUGAAUGCAUCAUGGUGCUUUAGCAGCUAACAAGGAGGAGGUGCUUGAGCAGGAUCAGUUGUCAACCUUUGUUCCUGUUCCACAGAUCUAUUUUUUAUGUACAACACUGAUUUAUUUUCACUGCAGAGAUAGCUCCAAUGAAGAUUUAAGGGCAGUAAUUUAUGCUUUGGACUGGUCUAUCAUAAAUACAAUUAUCAUUUCUCUAGUGGAAGUUUUUUUUCUUAAAGAGCCAACAGAGGUCAGAAGAUCCUCAAAGCAAUUGAAAACUUGCUGAUUGAGGAGUGCGGCAAUUUCUUCCAUACACAAAUCUCUACUCAGCUCGUGCUGUGUACAAUUACAUCUUGAUGUCAAAUUUUCAUGAUUAUUUUAUUUUGUUGAUCAGUGAAUUUCAUAUUUCAGUGAUAGUAACAAUGCAGUUGUUUGGAAUAUGAUGUAUUGGAUAGUCUUGAAUUUGCAAGGGGAAGUGCAGAAUCAACACUGGGCUCUGUUAGAGCUGCAAUGGGGCAAUCUGAACGGUUCCCGUGAAGUAUGUUGCAAAUGAAGAUUGUGGGAAGGAAUUUUACCAAGUUUCUGAGGACACAUUUUCUUUGCACAUGAAGCUAUAAUUGAUCAUAACCUCCAGAAUGAAGACAUCCUAGUUGCCUCCAAGUUGUCCAUGAUGGUUUCUAAUCCAAUUGUACAGGAGACUAUCUCAAGUUCUAUGAUGCUAUAUCCAAGGCCUAUCCAGACAUUCAAAUGAUUUCAAACUUUGAUGGAUCAUCUAGGCCACUUGACCAUCCUGCUGAUUUGUAUGAUUUCCAUGUAUUUGUCAGUGAGUAUGCUGUUAAUGAAUGAAAGGAUGCUAGCAAUGGAAGACUUCUUGCUUCACUGGCUGAGGCUGCUUUCCUUACUGGGUUAGAGAAAAAUAGGUGAUACCUCUCACUUUCCUUCCUCUCUUUGGAUCAAUCUCUCAUUCCAUAUUCUUGGGGCUAACUGAAUCACGCAUGUGGCUGUAUUUAGAUCAUUCAUGACUUCUCCAGGACAAAUGUCAAUAUUGCCAUGGAUAAUUAAGAGUUUAUGACCCUAUUCAGAUAAUCAAAUUUGAACCAAAGGGAAAAAAUCUGUUCAGAAAUUACAAGAUAAUAAAUAUGCACAUAUUGAUAUUGUAAAUACUAGUAGUGAGCAGCAAAAAUUAAUACUCUAUCAUGAAUAUACUAGAAGUAUCUGUCCUGUUUCUUUGCAGUGAUGUUGUUCAGAUGGCAAGUUUAUGCACCACUCUUCGUAAAUGACAAUGACCGCAUGCUAAUACCUUUGGCUUUGCACUGUUUUCUUUUAUAACAUUCUUGUUGGUCACAAGUUCGUGAGUUUGACUAGGUCUGAAUGUUAUGAUCAGCUGGAAUCCAGAUGCAAUUGUGUUCAAUUCCUGGCAACAGUAUGGAACUCAUAGUUAUUGGAUGCAGACAUAAUAUUUCCGUGAAUCAAGUGGUUCUGUGAUUCAUCCGAUUAUGAUCAGUUCUGGCUACUCUGAUGCGUUGGCUGCAUCUGCAAUCACCUGGCAAGACACUCAGAUAUCUUUCUGAGAGUAAAGGUAGUUAACAAUUCCAGUUUCUCCUAACUUACAUACCAAUACCAUUGCAGCGAUUCAUUAGACAAGCCCCUAAAUGUUUUGAAUGAUUUAGUUACAACGAUAUAAACUGAUUGAACCACUGCAUGCUUGCAUAACAUCUGUUUGGACUUUGGAUUUUAGAACAUAUAUUCAUCUUCAAAAGAUCUGUAGAUAGUAAACUUUGGGCCAAACACUGUGAACCUCACAAUAUCUUCAAGCUGUUGUCACAUCCGGCAACGUGCUGGAUGAAGAUUCAUUUAGUGAACCAAACAAGGUAAGACAACCAUUGCUUUUAUCACAAGCUAUUCGUUUCAUUACCAUGCACUGGAUUUAGCAAUUAAAAUUUUAGUCUGCCAGCGCAUGUGCAAGCCGCCAAGCCGUAUGUCUUCCAUUGUCUAGCAAUCACCUUUGUAGGUUUAUCUGUAAGCUUUCCAGGAACCUGUUUAUUUGGUUAUAUCAGGAAUUGUUUCCUACAAUUUCUAGAGAAGUUUUAUGCAGAAAGAAUCACUUUCAUUCUCAGUUGUUGGCGAGUUCGUCUAAGUUCUAAAGUAUCUUGUGAACGAAGCAUGCAGGUCGUGCCGGUAACGAGCGAGCUGCCAGAUGUUCUAAAGUAUCUUGUGUUUAGUUCAGCGCAAAGUUUGGAUUUUGGUUGAAAUUGGAGAUGAUGUGACUGAAAAGUUGUGUGUGUAUGACAGAUUGAUGUGAUGGAAAAGGACUUAAGUUUGGAUCCAAACUUUGGAUCUAAGGCUGUAUUUAGUUCAGCGCAAAGUUUAGAUUUUGGUUGAAAUUGAAGAUGAUGUGACUGAAAAGUUAUGUGUGAAUGACAGGUUGAUGUGAUGGAAAAGGACUGAAGUUUGGAUCCAAACUUUGAAUCUAAACACAGCCUAAACACAGCCAAUAAACCAAAUAGCAUAACUUCAUGUAUAAAUGCUGUAGUGAGAGAGGGUACUUGUGCUUAUCCAAAGAUGGCGGCUUCGAUGAGAAGGGAAUUCAGCCCGGUCUUAUUGAGUUAGAAAAGGAUAAUGACGCAGAAUGUCCUUCUGGGUCCCAAUUUGCUCCCUGUUAUGAAAGCACGAUAAAAAAUCAUAACUCCAAAAAUUAGUCAUAACACCCAUAUUUCAUUAAAUAUUAGUUUAAGGUGGGCAACGUAUAUAUUACAAGUAAAUGGGAUAUGAUUGUUGUAAUGAUCUUAUGUGAUUAGUGUGAUAUACUUGGCAAUGUUCAAAUGAAACUGAGCUUUAUGUAA